GGGAGCCAAUGAGAGUGCGCGGACGCGUGGCGCGCCGGCCCCGGCUCCAGGCGCGGCCUUUGAAGAAAAACUGUCACAGAGGAGGCAUGGUGGGGCCCAGUCCCGCCGCCUCUGCUGCCGCCGAAGAGCGGCAGAGAAAGCUUCAGGAAUACCUAGCAGCCAAGGGAAAACUGAAAAGCCAAAAUACCAAGCCUUAUCUAAAAGCCAAGAAUAAUUGCCCAAAUCUACCGCCUUCUAAAUCUACUGUUAGAUCCCAAAAGGAUAUUACCAACCACGUUGUUUUGCCUGUCAAAGAUAAAAAGUCAGUUAGCAUUAAACUCCAGCCCAGACCAGCCAAUAUUAUAAGGUGCCAGAAGCCAAAGUUGGAGCCACCAAAACUUCUAGGCAAAGGGCUAAUUUCAAGAUAUGUUUCUUCUAACUCAAACUGUAAGCCUUCUAGCAAGAGUCAGCAGCAGCAUAAAGCUAGGUCAUCCACUGUGAGCAAACUGUCAAGAAAACCCGUGGGGUCACUUAAUAUACAGGAAGUGAAAACUACAAAACAACAGGUAAUAGAUCAAGGAACUGCUAAAUGUACAGACUCUGUGGACAACACUCAUGUUGAAAACCAAUCUUUGGAUAAGUUUCUAAAAGAGAUAAAUAAAGAGAACCUACCACAAACCUUAUCAAAUCCUGAGAGGAAGCCAGAUCCUGAAUUAUGUACCAUCAGUAAGCCAAAAACUAACUCUUAUAAUCUAACCAAGAGCAAUUUGGCUCCUAAACAAGUCUUGGGCAAAAGUUCAGUUAAUGGUGCUGUUCUGAAAGACAGAAUUCAUAAACAACUUGUUGGAGAAAAGCAAAUCAGGAUUCUGUCCAUAAAAUCACACCAACUCUCAAGAGGAACAGAUCUUGCAAGACCAGAAGAAAAACCCCCAAGGACAGUUCCCUCUCACUUUAAUCAGACCCUUAGUAAGACUCAAUCAUCAAAGAAACCAGUGGUCAAGGAGAUAAAGGUAAUUAGUAAUAAAUACAAAAGACCAAAUGAAAUUAAGUUACGGUCACACCCUGUUGCUGAACAGAAAGUAAAAUAUACCAAACCCAGGACAGACCCCAAUUUGCUUCAGGGAGGAAAUAAAAACAGACAUCCAAACAUCAAGCAAGAUCAGAAAUCCACUCAACCUUGCUUUAGACCUCAAACAUGUGUUCUGCAAAAAUCAAAAGCCAUGAGCCAGAAACAUACUGUGACAGCUGGCAGCUGUAAUUCAGUCAUUCCACGCACCCCUAGCAUAAGAGCAAAUGGAGCCAAUGGUAAUAAACGUGGCAACAGCUUUCAACAAAAAGCACACACUUUGGACUGCAAGUUGAAAAAGACUCUUCCCCAGAACCAUUUUCUGAACAAGACAGCUCCCAAAACUCAAGCUGGAAUCACAAACAUAAAUGGAAGAAGAGUCCCAAAUGAGACCCAAACGAAUCCAAAUAUUGAAAAGAAGGCAACAGUAGAGGAUCGAAGGAAACAACUAGAAGAAUGGCAGAAAUCUAAGGGGAAAAUCUAUAAACGGCCUCCUAUGGAACUUAAGACAAAAAGGAAGGUAAUAGAGGAAAUGAAUAUUUCAUUCUGGAAGAGCAUGGAACAAGAAGAGGAAGAAAAGAAAGCACAACUGGAACUGUCCAGUAAAAUUAACAACACUCUGACAGAAUGUCUGAAGCUCAUUGAAGGGGGUGUACCUUCUAAUGAAAUACUUACCAUAUUAUCCAGCAUUCCUGAGGCUGAAAAAUUUGCUAAAUUUUGGAUCUGCAAAGCAAAGUUGUUGGCAAGUAAAGGCACCUUUGAUGUUAUUGGGCUAUACGAAGAGGCCAUUAAAAAUGGAGCAGCACCAAUACAAGAGUUGCGAAAAGUUGUUCUUAAUAUUUUGCAAGACCCAAACAGAGCCACAGAAGUUGCUGAAACUAAUAUAACAUCAGUGGAAGAACUGGCCAUGAAGAUGGAAUCUGUAAAGCCUUGUGUUUCUCCACAAGAGAAGGAACAAGUUACAGCAACACCCCAAAUAACCAAGGCAGAACAAGAUAAUCAUCCUGGUAUCAAAUUACAGAUUGCUUCAAUCCCUAGAAUAAAUGGAAUGCCAGAAGUGCAAGACAUGAAGUUUAUCACUCCUGUUCGGCGUUCAGCAAGAAUCGAGCGAGCAGUGUCCCGCUACCCAGAAAUGCUGCAGGAACAUGAUUUAGUAGUGGCUUCUCUUGAUGAACUAUUAGAAGUGGAAGAAACAGAGUGUUUUAUAUUCCGUAGAAAUGAGGCUUUGCCUGUAACAUUAGGGUUUCAAACCCUUGAAUCAUAAUAUCCUCAAGCAUUUUUUUAAGUGUUUUUUUAAAUACUUUCACAGUCUCCGUGAAUAAGAAAUUCUCUUGUCCAAGUGACCUGGAAAAUAUAUAUAUAUUUUUCACAGCCUCCAUGAGACAAGAAAUUCUCUUGUCCAAGUGACCUGAAAAAAUAUAUACAAUGGAGAGACAUCAUGGAUGCAGAAUAUGGACUCUCAGAACUUAGGAAGUAACUCACUGGGCUUACUCUCAAAUUUUAAAUCCCCAUGGGAAAGUCUUUGGUUUAUAUGUUUAAGACUACAGUUUGCCACAAUUUUACAGUAUACAUACAUUUCGAACUUCUGAAUAUUAAUUUACCCCACAACUAUGAUAAAGCUUUGCACUUUAUUAGUCUACUUUAAUCCCUGCAUAGUUAUUUUUUAUAAACAGAAGAUUGGUCCCGCAACAUGAUGGACUGUCUUUUACGUAUCCAUGUAAGCAGAGAGACCUUACAGCAUGGAAGAUCUGAGCUUUGAAACCAGCCUUCCAGGCUCAAUGAAACUUGACAGACAACCAGAUCAAAUCCUCUUGUUUUACAGAUGAGUUUAUACUAGCUAUGCCAUUGCUCCAAGGUCACAAAUGACAUGUGUGAUCUUUGCCUUCACCACCAUAUCCUUGUAAAUGAGGGGUAAUUCUUAUCCUUUCUGUGCCAGGUCUCCUUAAAUAAAGCACCAUCCUGAAUUGGGAUGGUCAUCUAGCUUUUUAUAUCCAAACCUAAUUUUGCAUUUGUUAUUCAGAAGCACUUCAAGUAAAACAAAAGAGGACAGAGGAGAGGUGUGGGAAGGGGACACUUGCUUCAAAUCUUUCCUCUGCUAGGGGUAGCUGGCCUGAGAAGGAAGUGUGAGUCCCAGCGACUAAUAAGUUGCUUUUCCUUCCUCCUGGGCAACUGUUCUUGGAAAGGUAAAAUCAGAGUCAUUUUGUAAAUAUAAUGUGUAGAGAAACCUAGUUAACACAUUUUAAAUUUUAGCUUUCUUAAUAUUUAAGUAUUAUCUAAAAUUUAAAAAAAAGUUUUUGUUCAUUCCAGCUUAUUUAUCUUAUUUGUUAUAAAAAACAGUGAUGAUGGCUUGGCGUAGCGAACUAAGGGUUUGUCUGAGAAAACACCAAUAGGCUAUUUCAAGAGGCCUCACAGGGAGCAGUCAUUACCCUGGAGAAUUUACUUUAAUCAAAAGUCUAUCAGCCCCACCUAGGAACUGGAUUUUUUUCAUUGUAAAGGAAGCAGAUCUAUUUUUCGAGGUCAGAUUUAUAAUAACAAAGUUCAUAAAACUAAACUAUAAAACUGUAAUUCCAGCAGACUAACUUUCAAUAAGAAAUAGACUCCUAUAAGUCAAUAGCAAAAAAAACAACCCAAUUAAAAAAUGGACAAACAACCUGAACAGUCAUUUCUCCGAAGAAGACAAAAAUGACCAAAACUAUAUCAAAAGGUGUUCAACAUUACUAAUAAAGAAAAUGCAAAUUAAAACCACUGCAAGACAUCACCUCAUAUCCAUAAAGAUGGAUAUUAUCAAAAAGGUUAGAUAUAACAAAUGUUGGUGAGGUCUGGGAGAAAGGGAACCCUAGUACACUAUUGGUGGGAAUGUAAAUUGGUAUAGCCAUUGUGGAAAACAGUAUGGAGGUUCCUAAGGAAAUUAAAAAUAUGACCCAGCAAUCCCUCUUCUGAGGCCAAAGAAGAUGAGAUCACCACUUCAUUAAGAUAUCUCCACUCCCAUGUUUAUUGCAGCAUUAUUCACAAUAGCCAAGAUAUGGAAAUAACCUAAAUGCCCAUCAAUGGAUAAAGAAAGUGUGAUAAACAUACACACACUGGAACAUUAUUCUUCGAAAAGGAGAUUCUGCCAUUUGCCACAACAUGGAUGGACCUGGAGGACAUUAUGCUAAGUGAGACAAGCCAGACAUAGAAAAAUAUUGCAUCUCACAUGUGGAUAUAAAAGAAGUAGAUCUAUUUCUCAAGGUCACAUUGAUAAUAAAAAUUUUAAAACCUCAACUCAACAGAGAUAGAGGAAACAGUGGUUACCACAGAUGGAGGAAGAGGAAUGUAGGUUAAAUGAUACAAAAUAGAAAUGUGGGAUGUACAAGUCAAGAGAUCUGUACAACAUGGGCACUAAAGUUAAUAAAAUUAUAUUGCCUUAUG